UCGCGCGGGGUGAUGCCGUGUGUUGUGCAUCCCACUCAGCUCGCCGUUCUCACACGCGAUGCAAGGAAAAUUAAUAUGCCCCGCCUGCCCCUCCUUUCUCGGGCGGUGCUUACACCUUCCUCAUUGACACCCUUCCGCUUCGCUGCACCGCUAGUAGCCGCCCGUACUUCUAUUUCUCUUUCCUCCUGUUCUCCCCAAUACCGACUGCCCUCGAGAUUUGCUCCACACCGAUCCUGUUCCUCGACCCCGCGAUUUCGAACUGAAAGCACUGCCAAAGUUUGGCCCUAUCUGCACAAACCUUAUAACAAAAUGGCACACCUCGACCCUUUCUUCAAGCAGGUGGACAGCCUUCAAGACGCUUUCAUCGACAGGCUCAGAGAAGCAGUUGCCAUUCCCAGUAUCAGCUCUGAAGAUGACAGGCGGGAGGACGUCAUCAAGAUGGGACACUGGCUCGCCGGUCAAAUCAAAGCCCUCGGUGGCACCGUUGAGAUCCGCGAGCUUGGACAGCAGCCCGGCCACGAACACCUCGUGCUUCCUCCUGUUCUCCUAGGCCGCUAUGGCGAUGACCCAAAGAAGAAGAAUGUCCUCAUCUACGGCCACUACGACGUACAACCUGCGCGAAAGACGGACGGCUGGAACACGGAACCUUUUGAGCUCCAGAUCGACGACAAGGGCCGUAUGUUUGGACGUGGCAGCACCGACGACAAAGGCCCUGUACUGGGCUGGUUGAACGCCAUCGAAGCUCACCAAAAGGCCGGUGUGGAGCUUCCAGUCAACCUAAUCAUGUGCUUUGAGGGUAUGGAGGAGAACGGUUCUGAAGGCCUAGAUGACACUAUCCGUGCCGAGGCGAAGAAGUUCUUCAAGGAUACCGACGUCGUCUGCAUCUCUGAUAACUACUGGCUGGGUACCGAGAAACCUUGCUUGACAUAUGGUGUCCGUGGGUGCAACUACUACUCCCUCGAACUCUCUGGACCCGGCGCCGAUUUGCACUCUGGAGUGUACGGCGGUAUGACCCACGAGCCCAUGACUGAUCUCAUCCACCUCAUGAACUCUUUUGUCGAUUCCCGCGGCAAGAUUUUGAUCAAGGGCAUCGACGACCUUGUGGCUCCUUUGAGCAAAGAAGAGGACGCGCUCUACCCCCCUAUCGCAUUCACCAUGAGCGAUCUCCAUGAGGGUCUCGGCAGCGAAACCUCCAUCUACGACAACAAAGAAGACUCGCUGAAGCACAAGAUGAGAUACCCAUCGCUCUCGCUCCACGGCAUUGAAGGCGCGUUCGCCACACCUGGUGCCAAAACAGUCAUUCCCGCCAAGGUCAUUGGCAAAUUCUCCAUCCGCACAGUGCCCAACAUGGAGAUCGACGACGUGACUGCCCUUGUCGAGAAGCACGUGAACGAGGAGUUCGCCAAACUCAACUCCAAGAACAAAAUGAAGUUCAACGUGAUGCAUGUAGGUAAAUGGUGGGUAGAAGACCCCAACCACCCCAACUACACAGGUGCGGCCAAGGCGGUGGAGAGAGUCUUUGGCGUCAAGCCCGACAUGACUAGGGAGGGAGGCAGUAUUCCCGUUACCUUGACCUUCCAGGAAGAACUCAAGAAGAGUGUCCUGCUUUUGCCCAUGGGCAGCUCAACGGACGGUGCGCACUCGAUCAACGAGAAGCUAGACAAGAGGAACUACAUCGAGGGCACCAAGCUGUUGGGUGCGUAUCUGCACUACGUCGCGGAGGAGUUGAAAUAG